CUUCUAUUGUACCGGCCAGCGCGCCGCGCCGCCCCGGAGCAGCGACCGACCGCGCCGGGAGGCGGCUGCUCCGCCGCUCCGUAGGGCUUAUCAAACCGUGGUGGGGGAAAGAGACCUGCAUUCUCCCGGCGUUUUGUCUAUUUUUUUUUUCUUUUUUAAAUUUUUUUCCCCGGUCCUUUCCGGCGGUUCUUUUUAUCAUCUAUCCAUUUUCCCUUCGUUGUUUCUGUACCGCCUGCAAUAAUCGCCUCGCUACGUCUCGCAGCUGGCGCGUUGGAGAAGCCGGCACCAGCCGCCGCGAUGCCGCUCAGCGCCGGCUUCUCCAGCAAGAACUACGACUACGAUUACGACUCUGUGCAGCCCUACUUCUACUUCGAGGAGGAGGAGGAGAACUUCUACCUGGCGGCGCAGCAGCGGGGCAGCGAGCUGCAGCCCCCCGCCCCGUCCGAGGACAUCUGGAAGAAGUUUGAGCUGCUGCCCACGCCGCCCCUCUCCCCCAGCCGCCGCUCCAGCCUGGCCGCCGCCUCCUGCUUCCCCUCCACCGCUGACCAGCUGGAGAUCGUGACCGAGCUCCUCGGGGGGGACAUGGUCAACCAGAGCUUCAUCUGCGACCCGGACGACGAGACCGUCAAGUCCAUCAUCAUCCAGGACUGCAUGUGGAGCGGCUUCUCCGCCGCCGCCAAGCUGGAGAAGGUGGUCUCGGAGAAGCUGGCGUCCUACCAGGCGGCCCGCCGGGAGGGGUGCUCCCGGUUUCACCCGUGGGCCGGGAAGGAGUUAACUCCAGCCCGAGAGCCGCGGGCAGAAUGCGCAAUGGCAGAAGAAGAACAAGAGGAAGAUGAGGAAAUAGAUGUUGUUACAUUAGCUGAAGCAAAUGAAUAUGAAUCCAGCACAGAGUCCAGCAGCACGGAGAUGUCAGAAGAGCACAGUAAGCCCCACCACAGCCCACUGGUUCUCAAACGGUGUCAUGUCAACAUCCAUCAGCACAAUUAUGCCGCUCCUCCCUCCACCAAGGUUGAAUACCCAGCAGCAAAAAGGCUAAGGUUGGACAGUGGCAGAGUUCUCAAACAGAUCAGCAACAACCGAAAAUGCUCCAGCCCGCGCACGUCAGACUCGGAGGAGAACGACAAGAGGCGAACGCACAACGUCUUGGAGCGCCAGAGGAGGAAUGAGCUGAAGUUGAGUUUCUUUGCCUUGCGUGACGAGAUACCUGAGGUGGCCAACAAUGAAAAGGCUCCCAAGGUUGUCAUCCUGAAAAAAGCAACAGAGUACGUUCUUUCCAUCCAGUCAGAUGAGCACAGACUGAUUGCAGAGAAAGAGCAGUUGAGGAGGAGGAGAGAACAGUUGAAACACAAACUUGAGCAGCUAAGGAACUGUUGUGCAUAGGAACUUUUGAGCAUCACUUAGAAUAAUGCAAACUAGACUGAAACUAUGAUAAAAUAUUAAUGAUUCUAAUAUCUCUCAUGAACUACACAGUCCAUCAAGUAUGGAACUAUUGCAACUGCAUGCUGUGCGAUUUAACUUGAGACUACACAACCUUGGCUGAAUCUCCUAAGGGUUUGGCCAGAACCUCAAAACUGCCUCAUAAUUGAUACUUUGGACAUAAGGGAUGAUGGGACAUUCUUCAUGCUUGGGGAUGAACUCUUCAAUUUUUUUUCUUUUAAAAUUUUGUAUUUAAGGCAUUUUUUCAUACAAGAAUCCAAAAGAAAAAAGUUGUCCCCAGUUUGCUGUAUAUAUUUACACAUCAUAUUGCCAUGUAAAUACCUUUAAUAAAGCCUUUAUAGAAAAAUGUGCAACAUUAAUACGCAACAGUUGUGGCAACUGGAUUUAUACUUGUCUUGAACUUCUGUGCCAUAACAUUUCACAAUUUUGUUUUUUAUUUAAGUACUUUUUUCCUUUUAAAAAUGAUUUUUAUUUUGUUUU